UGAAUUUUGAACUAACAGAUUAAACGAUUGUAAAUUGCGGUUCACGGUGAACUCGAACCACUUUACCCUAGCCAUUGGCUUGUUCUCAGCCAAACAACACCUCUCCGUUCAAGAGACUUUGACAGCCAUGAUCAAUCGCGCUUAGCAAAUAGAUUUUCAUCUAUUACCUUAUUUCUGAUAAACCCUAAUUGUUCAUCUCUUCCCUAUUCAACACCAAUUCAUCCCUUCCGAUUGGGGCAUUUCCACAUUUCAAUUUCACUGAUUAACUGAAAAUCAAAUGGAUUCAGAUGAAGAAGAUUUUGUUUUCUUCGGAACAACAAUAGAGCGCGAGGAAGAUUCGAUCAGCCGCAAAAAGAAAGCCACUGCCGAGUCCUCUGGUCAACUCCGAACACUUCCUGCUUGGAAGCAAGAGGUUAGAGAUGAUGAAGGGAGGAGAAGAUUCCAUGGCGCAUUUACAGGAGGUUUUUCUGCUGGUUACUAUAAUUCAGUGGGCUCAAAGGAAGGGUGGGCACCCCAGACUUUUGUAUCGUCUAGGAAGAGCAGAGCUGAAUUCAAAGAGCAGAGCAUAUUGAAUUUUCUAGAUGAUGACGAGAAAGCUGAUUUGGAAGGUCAGCUUUUGGGAACAUCUUCCCAGUUUGACACUUUUGGUUCCACAGCUGCUGAAGUUGCUCGCAAACAAGCUGAGAAGGAACAAAAACAAAGGCCAUCCAUAAUUCCCGGUCCUGCUCCUGAUGAAUUAGUUAUUCCAGCCACAGAGUCCGUAGGGGUGAAACUGCUGAUGAAGAUGGGAUGGAGUCGAGGGCGUUCAAUUAAAGAUUCACAUGCUGAUGUCCUCUACGAUGCAAGAAGACAGGCUCGGAAAGCUUUCUUAGCAUUUUCUUCAGAUGAUACAAAAGUGAAGGUUACCGAGUCUGAGCCUACCAAGGAUGAUAUCGAAAACUUCCCCGAGCAGCCUGUGAAUAAUGAUGCUCAGUCUUCUAAGAGCACACCGGUUUACGUACUCAACCCAAAGCAAGACCUGUAUGGAUUAGGUUUUGAUCCUUAUAAACACGCUCCUGAGUUUAGAGAGAUGAAAAGGUCACGCCUAUCCAGCAAAGCGGGAUCGGGGCACAGCAACAACUUUUCCAAAAGAGACAGUCUUUUUGGUUUUAAGUCAGGAAAAGCUGCUCCUGGUUUUGGCAUUGGUGCACUUGAGGAACUCGAUGCCGAGGAUGAGGAUGUGUAUGCCACUGGUUAUGAAUUUGAAGAGGCUUAUGUUCAAGAAGAGGUUGAUGAACCUUCAAUGCUGGCCCUAGAAAAUACAAAAAAGAAAGAUCAGAAGGACCAGGGUAAUCUGCCUGGUUUUAGAGUGGCAUCCAAUUCUGACUAUAGAAUGGAAAGAUUUGAAGCUCCUCUGGUUCCAAAGGAUUUUGUGCCCCGCCAUUCAUUUUCUGGACCUCGUGAGAUUAACCGCCAGAACUAUGAGGUCCCUCCACCAGAUGUUCCUCCUCCCGAGGAUGGAAAUUUAAAAAUAUUAAUUGAGGGGGUUGCAAAUCUAGUAGCUAAAUGUGGUAAAUUAUAUGAGGAUCUAUCUAGAGAAAAAAACCAGUCAAACCCAUUGUUUAACUUCCUUUCUGGAGGGACUGGUCAUGAUUAUUAUGCAAGGAAACUGUGGGAGGCACAACAGAAAUGCAAUGGUCAAACUAGGGGGCAUUUGGAUGGAAAACUGCCUCCUGGUGUGCAAAGGCUGACAGCUGAGAGUAGAGGUCAGAUCCUAGGGGAAAGACCUCUAGAGAAAACCUCAGAAGAUCCAUCCUCAUCUGUUUCUUCUAUAGAUAUUCAGCUCCAAUACAAUCUUGUCGAUACAUUUACCAAGUCUGCAUCAUUUAGUGAGUUAUUAGAAUUUGAAAAGCCUUUCAAGGAUGAUCCUGCAAAGCAAGAAAGAUUUGAGCAGUUUAUCAAGGAGAAGUAUAAAGGUGGAUUACGCUCUGCAAGUUCGAGUUUAGCUGGGAAUAUGUCGGAAGCAGCCCGUGCUCAAGAGAGGCUAUCUUUUGAGGCUGCAGCUGAUGCAAUAGAAAAGCAAAAGCAGAGCAGGGGAAGCAAGAUUUCCAUUCCAUCUUCCAUGGAUUUCAUCACAGGUGGUGUAAUGGAGUUUACAUCUGGUGCAAUAGAGUCAACGAAAGAUAAGCCAUCUGUAGAUUUUAAGGAGAAUAAAAUGUACCCGAAGAGGGAAGAGUUUCAAUGGCGUCCUUCACCUCUUCUCUGCAAACGCUUCGAUCUUGUUGAUCCUUAUAUGGGGAAGCCUGCACCUGCUCCACGGAUUAGAAGUAAAAUGGAUUCGUUGAUUUUUACAUCAGAUUCAGUGAAUGGUACAAAGGUGGAAGAGCCUGUGACUGCAAAGAGAGACAUCUCGACCUUGCAACAAUCUGCUAAUCAAGACAAAAACAAAAGUAUAGUGGAAAAUGAAACUGAAGAGGAAGUGGAAGUGGAAAAUAUUGAAAGGCCGGUUGACCUGUACAAGGCUAUUUUCUCGGAUGAUUCAGAUGAUGAAGGGGGAGAUGAUACUAUUAUGAAAGUGGAGAAUCAAGAAAAGAAAGCUGAAGUAGCUAACACAGCAUUGAGCCGUUUGAUUGCUGGUGACUUUCUGGAAUCUUUGGGCAAGGAGCUAGGGAUUGAGGUUCCUCCUGAUACACCUUACCCUCCGCAAAAGUCAAACAAAGAUGCUUCCCAGAAAGAAAAUGUUAAUGAAUAUGCAAAACAUGACAUCAUAAGUGGUGAAAGCAACAGUGUGGUGUCACUGAAACAUGGUUUGCCACAGGAUCAGUACAUUGCUCAUGCAGGUGGACCCUCAAAAGGUGGCACCCGUUAUGGAAAUAUGCUCGAUAAUCGUAUCAUUAAAACCAAGGGAACUAGUAUCUCUGAUAGUAAAUCAAGUAAGUCUCAUGGGGAGAAGUGUGAAGGUGAUAGGAAGGUUAAAUCACCUUUAGUCAACAACCAAGAUUAUACUAGCAGCUCAGAGGAGGAAAGGAGCAGAAAGCACUCAAGUAAGUUGAAUAGGGAAAAAUAUGACGAGUACAGAAAAACUAAAACACCAUCAACAACCCGCCUAGAUUAUAGAAGCAGUUCUUUAUCCGAAGAGGACAGGAGUAGAAAACGAUCCAGGCAUCAUCGACACAGGAGGCGUGAUGCGGGAAGUGAUUCAUCCAGUGGUGAUGAAAGAGAUCAACGCAGUUCAAGGUCAAAAGGGAGAAGGAGGGAAAAGUCUUUUCGAGAAAAAAACACUGGAAGUAAGAAACACUCAAAACAUCACAAGCACAGAAAGCAUCAUUCUCCAAAUAGAUCCUCUCAUAAUAGCGUGGAUAGAGAAGAUCAACAUACCAGAAAAGAGAAAAGACGAAGGGAAUGAGCAAGGUACCUUAAUAACUUUUUUUAGCUUCGUUGCAGGAUCAUUGCUAUAUCAAAGAUGAUGUGUAUUUUAGGGUUGUGAUGCUAAAACGCAGCUUAUGCAUUUCAUUUGCUCUAAGCUACUCAAGCCUCUUAUUGUAUUCAUGAUUCACCGCUUUGAAGGAGCGCUGCUUAAUUCAAUUUCCCUACCCAAUCUUUCAUAAAUGCAAGGAAAUGGAAUGGUUACCUGAUAAUGGUCUAAACAUAAUCAGGGAGUUCUAUACCCCAAGAAGUAUAAAGGUUUGAUAUAGAACAAAGACCAAGGUCCUUAGGUUACAGUAGUAAUGUAUCUGAUGAAUUUAAACGAGAUACUUUUUUGGUCAUUAUGAAACAGGAUACCUCAUACCUCGAAGUAUAGUGAUAGAUUAGAUGACUUUUAAAUUAUUCGAGUCAACACAAUGCAGAAUCAAAGGGGUUCAACACCUUGCUAGAGGAUUGUGAAGUGGCACAACCCCAAUCAUUAAUGUCAUUUUUUAUUUUAGUUACAUGAACGUUACUGGUGAUUCUGUGUGCCUCUUUUCAUUUCGAACCUAAGGUUUCUCGCGAGGUUAGCAAAUUUUUGUGAAUUGAAAAAGAUUAGUACCCCCUUACCAAUGUAGAUUUUUCUGGUGAUGCUGUUAAGAGUAGUAGUUUAUACACACUACUUGUUGAUGUACUAGCGGCCACAGGACUUUAUUGUGUAACAUGGCUGUUUUCUAUUAUAA